AUGGCACCUCCAGCUCAAUCUCGUCGGAGCCCAUCUCCUUCUCAGCCAUCGGGAAAGGGAGAGGUCACUGACCUCAAAAUGCAGCUCCGCCAGCUGGCGGGCAGCCGAGCUCCGGGCACGGACGACACCAAACGGGACCUCUUCAAGAAGGUUAUCUCCUACAUGACCAUCGGGAUAGACGUGUCGUCUGUAUUUAGCGAGAUGGUCAUGUGCUCGGCCACUUCAGAUAUUGUCCUGAAAAAGAUGUGCUAUUUGUACGUGGGAAAUUACGCGAAGCACAAUCCGGAUCUUGCACUCCUGACCAUAAACUUCCUUCAGAGGGAUUGUAAGGACGAGGAUCCCAUGAUUCGAGGCCUGGCUCUGAGGAGCCUGUGCUCGCUUGGCGUGGCUAAUUUGGUGGAGUAUCUUGUGGGCCCGCUGGGAAACGGACUGCGGGAUGGGAAUAGCUACGUGAGGAUGGUAGCUGCUGUUGGUGUGCUAAAGCUGUACCACAUUUCGGCCUUGACUUGCUUGGAUGCGGAUUUUCCGGACCUGCUUAAGCAUUUGAUGCUUACAGAUAAAGAUGCUAAGGUGGUUGCAAACUGUUUAACUUCUCUACAAGAGAUUUGGAGUCUGGAAGCAGCUACUUCCGAGGAGGCGGCAAAGGAGAGAGAAUCAUUGCUUAGCAAGUCUGUUAUUUAUUACUUUUUGAAUAGGUAUGAGAUUAAGGAGUUCGGGGAGUGGGCACAAUGUAUUGUGUUAGAGCUGGUUUCUAAAUAUGUUCCUUCGGAUAGUGAUGAGAUCUUUGACAUCAUGAAUCUUCUUGAAGAUAGACUUCAACAUGCAAAUAGUGCAGUUGUCUUGGCCACUAUUAAGGUUUUUUUACAUAUGACCUUGUCCAUGACCGAUGUUCAUCAACAGGUUUAUGAGCGCAUUAAAGCUCCUCUCCUCACCUUGGUAAGCUCAGGAAGUCCGGAGCAGUCAUUUGCAGUUUUGAGCCACCUUCAUCUACUGGUGAUUCGUGCACCAUUUAUUUUCUCUUCGGACUACAAACACUUCUACUGCCAGUAUAACGAACCAUUUUACGUCAAAAAACUGAAGCUUGACAUGCUCACUGCCGUGGCUAACGAUAGCAAUACAUAUGAAAUCGUGACCGAGCUUUGUGAAUAUGUUGCCAAUGUUGAUAUUCCAAUGGCAAGAGAAUCGAUCCGAGCAGUUGGCAAAAUCGCGUUGCAACAGUAUGAUGUGAAUGCCAUUGUCGAUCGGCUGCUUCAGUUUCUGGAAAUGGAAAAGGACCACGUGACUGCAGAAACUCUUGUUCUUGUCAAGGAUCUUCUAAGGAAAUAUCCUCAGUGGAGUCAGGAUUGCAUAGCAGUUGUAGGGAAUAUCAGCAGCAAAAACAUUCAGGAGCCGAAAGCCAAGGCAGCUCUUAUUUGGAUGCUCGGGGAAUAUGCUCAGGAUAUGCAAGACAGUCCUUACAUUUUAGAGAGUCUUAUCGAGAACUGGGAUGAGGAACAUUCUGCAGAGGUAGUCCGUUUGCAUCUCUUAACGUCAGUAAUGAAGUGUUUCUUGAGAAGGCCACCAGAGACUCAAAAGGCCCUGGGAGCAGCUCUUUCUGCUGGUCUUGCUGACUUUCAUCAGGAUGUUCGUGAUAGGGCGCUGUUCUACUACAGGCUUUUGCAGUAUGAUGUAUCUGUAGCUGAGCGUAUUGUAAAUCCUCCAAAACAAGCUGUUUCGGUUUUUGCAGACACACAAAGUAGCGAGAUUAAAGAUCGCAUUUUUGACGAGUUCAACACUCUAUCUGUAGUGUACCAAAAGCCAUCCUACAUGUUCACCGACAAGGAACACCGGGGCCCAUUUGCCUUCUCGGAUGGGCUUGUCAACAUGUCCAUCUCUGCAGAACCUGACGACAGCAUGGCAAUAGCCAAAGGAGUCGAGGCAAAUGAUAAAGACUUGCUUUUGAGCACUUCCGAGAAGGAAGAGAGUCUUGGUUAUGCCAACAAUGGUUCUGCAAACGAUGGCUCUUCUUAUAAUAGUAAUGUUUCGUCAAAACCUGGUGGUGAUCUAAUGGACCUUGUGUCCCUUGACCAGCCCAUUUCCGUAGGUCAGACAGGUGGCAGCCUGGCAUUGGACGAGCUUCUUGGUCUAGGGAUUCCGGGUGAUGCGCCUAUUCCCGACCCACCGAGUUUGGUUCUUAGUGCUAAGGCAUCUGUGGAUCCGAAUGUUUUUCAGCAAAAGUGGCGUCAGCUGCCGGUUUCAGUAACUCAGCCCCGCCUCAAGCUUGACAUGGGAGAAGCAUGCCAAGCUUGGACAGAAGCUCGUGAGCACUCCGACUAG